AUGGAGGGCUGGAUCUCAGCAUCCAUCAUACUCGCGGUGCCUCAAGUGAGUCUACUUCCAUCUAAGCCCAGCAGGCCAGCUACUUACUGGAAACUAGGCAAUCGCUUCUCCACGUUGGCCAUGCCAGCACCCACCAUGGCUCGAGAUCGCGAGUACCAUGUCUCUGGUCACCACCGCCGUGCCAGGAACAGCAGAGGAACGAAAGAGGCCAAGAAGCGUCGAGACGCCAGACGCAACAAGAGAAAGUUGAUGACUCAGAUACUGGACGAGCAGCUCUCCAGAGACAUUGACCAAGUUUUGGCUGAUGCGAAAGCCACUUCUCAUCUGUUUCCGGCCAUCAAUGCAACGCCGGAGCCUCCCAAGCCAAGUCUCACUUUCACCUGGCCAUCAUGGAAUCAGGUCCCACCAACUCCACCACAGCUACCUGUCCUCGACUUUGGACGUCUCGAUCUUAGGGACUUCCCUUACUUGACAGCAGCGAGGCCAAUCUUCUCUCCAACUCGAUCAUUCAGUCAGCUCCGUGUGCCUGAAUGGUGUCCUUACAUCCCGUCCUUGAUGCAGGACAGGGGCUGGAACGGAGAAGUGCCAAGGUUCACAGAUCUUUCAAGUCUUCCCGAGCACGAUGAACCUCUUGAGCAGGACAGGUUUCAAGUUUGGCGCCCGACACCCACAUAUCAGCCCCGAAAACGUUCGCGAUUCUUCCCAACAUUGACGACUUCUGUAUCUGCCCCUGUUGUCAAGUUGCCGCCUACUGGCUGCAAGCUACACUCAUCAGACCAAGAAUUGCAAGAUCCAAAGUCUUCGGCUUGGACAGCGGCAUGCGCUGACCGACUUCCUCCUUUCAUCGACCAAUCCGACAUACGCGAUCUUGAAGACAAGCAAACCGUGCUCUCUGCAGACAAGCACAUCAUCGAUCAGCAGCACCAUACCUGCGAACCUCCAGAAGAGCUUGUGGCAUUGGCAACUGCUGCCAACUUGUGGCGGAUCCUCAACGAGGAUUCCACCCUUGCACAUCAUCAGCCCACAAGAAAUGACCAGGAGACGCACAAGCACUUGCCUAGCUGGAACGAUUCGGACGACUGUGGUGGCGUCCCGAUAUUCCCAAUAGAUGAAGAGCCGUACGAGCUUCCAGACAAUGAAAUCCCAUACGUGCACCUCAACAGCCUCACUGGCCACGCGAAUGAAAAUUGUCAACAUCCACGGCCCAUCAAUCACCAGGGUCUGGGUCAAUCCGUUCUUUACCUCGCCGAUCUCUUUGCGACACCACGCGCGACCACGCCAUGCUGUGAGCUGCCGUCGUACAUCCCUUCGUCACCGGGGUUGCACAUGCUUGGUAAUGGCAUCUGUCUGCCAAUGGGGCCGCAAGCCACGUCACCUCGGACCCCAUAUCACGACGAAAUGGCCCGGUCAGCUGAACAUUACGCGAGCGAACAAGAACUCUUCGAGCCAGAGCAAGUGCCACUGCCUGAGAGUCGUCCUCAAAGUCCGUGUGAUUUGGAGAGGUUCUUGUCCAUGGGCCAUGCCGAGAACUGCUGGUGUCGCGACUGCGCUGAGGCUCCAGAGCUGAUUGAGCAGACGGAAGCGAUUGAUGAUAAUGAUGAUUGGAUUGACUGGUCGACUGUCGAAGACGAAAUUGAUUCCACUAUUUCGUCGCCCACGUCAGGGCCACUUACGGCGACUGUCACUGAAGUUGAAGACGAGGAUACGUGUGAUUCGUGUGUUGGCGGCCAACGUGAAAGCCCUGCUCCUGAAUACAACGAGAUGUAUUUUCCGAGCUCCUCGAAGACUGAAAAGCCGUACCUCAACGCCGAUGACCACUUCCUCGGAUACUACGAUGAUGGACUGGCUUUUUCGCAAGAUGACGACUUCUACUGGGUCUGA